AUGACUAAUAUCGUGAUUGGUAGGCCACCAAUCUUCCAAUUCUAACUUGAUUUUUCAGGUGGUGGGAGCGGCUUUGUCGGUAGAGCUCUGAUUUCGAAGUUACGAGCACAUAACUUUAAUGUUCGGAUUGUUUCUCGAACGCCGACGGAAAAAAAGGACUUGUCAUGGGUUUUUGAGUGUCUUACCUGACAAAUCUGAAAAAUGUAGAAAACUGUGACAGCUUGUGGCCUUCCGGAGGACACUCAAGUGGUUGUCAACCUCAGUGGACGUUCAAUUGCUGAGAUAAAUCCCACGUUCCUGAUACCGAGGUUUGUACUUCUAGCGCUCCUUUUAUUUUUACUCUCUUAGCGUUUAUCAGGACUAUUUGGAUGAGGUGAGGUCAAGUCGCAUAAAGACGACGAAAUUGCUCGCCAACAACCUACCGAAGGCGACACGCAAGUUUAUCAACGCUUCCGCCAUUGGUUAGUUAGGGAUGUAAUUCUGGUAAUAAUUCUUCUCCUUGCGACUGCUGAAGUUUGUUUACCUUCAUUUACCGAGUUAUCGGAUUCUGCUGCAUGAUGUCUGUCUUCUAGGAGCCAAAUUUUUAUGAUUCGCCGAAUAUAGUAUCGGGCGAGCGAUGCCGCUAGCUCGGUCAGUUUAUCCGUAGAAGCCGCGAGCAUCGAAGUACUCUCGAGCUCCCUGCCUGACCACCGGCGACCAGUGGGUGUCAGUUUGCAGAAGGGAUUAUUAAGUGUAGGGCAUGGAGUUAAGUGCUCAGAGCACGACGGUUUAGAGUCGGACUCGAAAUUUCAAUGAGCAUUUUUGUCGAAGACAAUCAACUACUAUGAAAUAACCACGUAAUGUCCAUUCUACAAACAGGUAGCACUACUAAAAAUAUGAAUUUUGUAUGGCAAGGGUGUUCUACCGUACUCCCGACAUAGGUAUCAGCUAAAAGCCCAGACACGUGUUUCGCCGAUGUUUCUACUGCUGUAUGACACAGCUGUGAGGGGUUCAGCUCCUCAGUGGGUCCCCCAGCGUUCUCUAUGAAGUUUCUGGUAUGUGAACAUAUCCUAGUCGUUGUUAGAAGGACAGCCUAUGGGUGAUACCUUCGCCCCAAUCAGCCCUUUGAUAGGAUUUCCGGAAGUCAUUAAAAAUCUCCGGAGUGACGUGCACCUGACAUCCCUCCGGUCAGUCCUCUUCUGCGGUUGUGAGUACUGGGUUAUGUGUGAAGAAAUCAAGAAAAAAAAACGAAACACUCUUCGACUACCCUGUCUCGGAAGCUAUUUUGUGAGUGAAGUACAUUUAUUUUGCGUAAAGUGAAACCGUCUGCACAUGCUGGGACAGCACGAGAAUAUUUGAGUCCAUCCAUUGACACCUCGAUGCUGUCUAAGUGAAUGUGACGAAGAGAUGGUCGACUCAAAACCUAAAGCCACACACCUUACCUUCAGGCUAUCGGUCUCUUUCAGUAGAUGAGGAAGUGGAUCGAGCUCCUCAUCUCCACAGCCGCUGAUCGUUGCGUGCGGAAAAGUACCGUCUGCGACAUCACUGAGACCGCCUAGAUCAAGUCUGCUCACAGUCUUACCAAGUUAAAGAAAAAACGACGGCUAUGUGAAGCUUCCGUCAGCGACGGUUUGAAGAUCACACAACGCAUGCGUUCGGUCAGUACUGUUAUACGGGUCGGUUACAUUUGCCUAACCAGAGUGAUAUCAGUAGUAUGGGUAUUCGUUUCAUUAGACGAUUAUAUAGCCGUCACGAUACCCUUUAUUCGGCCAUUUUCAGUUCAUGCUUAUUCACUGCUCCCAGGCUCACCCAUACUGAUCCGAUUCUGAAUCGGUGGAAAGAGGAACCGCGAUGGUCAGACAAAAAGUCGAAUUCUCCUAAGGAAAUAAUGCCCCGUCGUUAUACCGAUUAGGACGAGGCUGUAGUACCUAAGCACACUUCUGAAUUAAUUACAGCAUUAGUAAUCCUCCUCGACGAGGAUACUCACAUUGACGGUGAUAGGAACGUUCUCAUGCCUGUCUCAUCGAUAAAAUACGAAGGUUCUUCUGCUAGUGGCUGUGGUAGCGCCCACCAAGUCUGUCUCAAUCGCAAACAAGCUCUCCCGUCUAUUUCUUUUCAGUAAGCGUUCUUCCCCUUUUUAGAAAGCAAAAGGAUUGUCAUUUGACACCUGAGUUGGGGUCACACUUGACCCCAUGGUCUCUCUCUACGGUUCCUCCUAUUGCACGAAGACUGUUUUCUCUGGUUUUAGGCUUCUACAAGCCGGACCUGUCAAUAACGUACACUGAAGAUAGCUCUUACCAGGACUACGAUUUUCUGACACGUCUUUGCCGUGAUUGGGAAGCCGCUGCAUUUGUGCCUAACUCGCAGACCGUGCAAUCCCUUCGUGUCCGCAUCGGUAAGUUCUCUUCUUCACAUCAGAGUAAUUCACGUGUGGACCGGGGGAGGCGGUGUAUGACAGUUUUUUGGCCUCGUAGUCAGUAGUCACUUUAUACUGCUCUUUUCCAGGUCGCUGACUGAUUCCAUCGUUGGUAUAGUAGCAGAAGGAAUACUUUUGUCAUCUUUUCAAAUGUGUUUGCACGGGCAGCCUACUAUAUUUGAUAUUGACGAUCCCGCUUUUUGCCACACCUGAUCGAGAGCCUGAAGCCACAGCACCCUUACUUAACACGAAAGGCAGUCUUAUUAGCUUGAGAGUGGCGUUAAUGGACUAGAGAAAAUCAUGCUUCGACGUGAAUAGGCGAAUGUUUAGAGGGCCACGGCACUAAUGCGUUUGUAGCGUCCGAAGAGAGCCAUCUGUCAGGGCCACCGCGUGUCCAGCUAGGACGAAAGAGCCUCCAUCUUCUCCUCUGCCCACCCUUAUCCUCAUCCGUUAAUCAAGUCUAUCAAGGCGUAGUGAUUGACCUGGUCUGUCUGCUACUAGUGUUGCACGGGAUCCGUAACGGUCUGACUGGUCCCCAGUACCCAAUACGCCUGAUCACCGAUACUACCCUGUAUGUGCUAUUGCAUUGUGAAUGCUCUUAGGCCAGGUCAUAGUAAGGUUGCACCAUAUCGGCUUUGCUAUCUCCUCCCUCUCCCACUCUCCCGCCUCCCUCUCCGUCGAUCUCUCUCUCACACACGCUCCUCUGUCAAGGCGUAGUACUUGACUUGGUAGUCGCUUUAGUUUGUCUGCCACAGCCAUUUUUCGUCCCAACAGUCUGACUGGAAACCAGGGCCAAAUACACUUUGUCCCCGACACUCUCCUUUGUGUUGCGGUAGUACCUUAAAUGCCCUUAGGUAAGACAACAGUAAGGUUGCGCGAGAUCGGCUUUCUCUCUCUUUCCCACCCCAUUUUCCCGUCCUUCCCUCUCACACACAUUCGUUUUUAACUGUUACCGUCAUGUUUAAGCGGAACGAUUUCAUCAUGAAGGUUGGUGAGAUGGUUGAUCAGACAUACUCCUGAUCUGCACGUGUCAUAACGCUGUUUUGUUUCGUUCAGCGGUUGACACAUGGUUUCGCGUACGGAUAACAUCCAUAAGGAUUUAUAUAGAACAACUCCGAUCUAUUUUUAGGGAGAGUUUAUUUAGCAGACCAGUGUACAGUGCGUGACUUAACUCAUGAAGUGUGUCGAAAUUUACGAAUGAUUGCCAAUCACUCGCAAACCGACACCAUUUCAUGAGUCAAAUGUCUAUGUUAAUUAAGUACAAGUUUAAAAGAAUUAAAAACAUAAAAAAAAUAUUAAAAGCAGUGUUGCGUUGUUUAGAAAUGUCGAUUUUUUUGAAAAGCGCAAUAACUCGAACACGUCAGAAAUGGCUCUUAUUAAGUAAAGUUCGUUUUUAGAUGUAUAGAAUGUAUUCUCAUGCCGAACACGUAGUUAAUAUGAAAGUAGACAUAAAAUCACGUCUAAUGACAGCGUUUCGGUGAAGUUAACGUCUAAAUGUCGUUUUAUAAGUAGUGCGACUUCAUAUAUGACGGUUUGUCAACUGCCUUCAUUCUGUGUGUAGAUUCCAAAAACAGUUUUCCAGUGUUUCAUAAUUUCAUUGACGAUUUGGAGUUAGAUGAGAUGGGGUUCAACAAGAGAAGCUGCAUUUUGCUUGAUUUCGCCGAUUGGUACGUCGUAGGAUCAAACAUUUUCAUAAGGUAACAUGUCAUGAGGCCGGUCGGUGCCUAAUAAAUUUAAAUAGAGCUGACAGGCGUGAUCGUAAACAUUUUCUGUUUAUAGAGAGAACUUUUCUCCCGUUAGAUUAAUUUAUACUCUUCUUUCGUUUUGGAUUACGUUGAGUUUCAGAUCGGCCUCGAAAUAUUGCUGAAUACUUCGCGAUUUUCAGUAUUUUCACAUGAUCGCCCAUAAAGACAGAUUCUGAGUUACCUGUCUGUUGAGAACUUUAAGAUAAGAUUGUUCUUGAAGGCAUUCACCGAUUUAGUGAGUGUUCAGGCGCUCCUUUUCACGAAGAUGGUCCUUUGGGUCACAUUUAAAGACUCAUUCAAUUAGUAAACUUCAUUUUCGAGAAAAAUGACUGUCCACAACGAAAGUCACCAACGAAUAUGCCUUGGAUCAAUAAGAAAACUUUCAUCAAUAAGUUACCUCUUUAGAAAGUGCUUUAUUACUGAACUCCGUCGCGGAUCUCUGUGUACUUUGAAUUUAUGCACGGCGAGGCCAAGCAAAAAUUUGAAAAUUUUGACGGUUUCUUUCACGUUCUUAAGCAGUACCCAUAUUUUUCUACCGCAAACGCGAGAACAUGCCUUUCUUUAUACAAUGAGGCCAUUUCCACUGUUUUUGCUCGCUUCUAGACUCCGUUCUUCGAUUAUGAAUGCAUAGCAGAGCGCCCAUACAAAUAUUGAUAUUUUGAUGAAACUAAAAAUGUUUUGCUUGUUAUAUUCCUGAAAAAAGUAUGCACAGUAGCUAAAAUACUAGAAAAGUAGUGUUUCAUAUGUUUAAAGCUAGAAAUGACCAUUCCGUGGUGGUCAUCUGUGUGACAUCAGGUAGAAUUUUCCAAACGGCAAAAAAAUUUCAACCCACUAAAACGAAAAGAUCUCUAUCUGCGCUAUUAUUGCACUUAAGAGCACCAAUCCGCACAUGUUUGCUAACUUGACAUAAAGGAAUUGAUAAAACACCUAGUUUUCCUAAAAUAACCUUGUUAGGAGAUUGAUAACCAUGGUCAACAUCGGACAUGAAAAUAGAAUUUAUAGUCCGACUAAAUCUGUUUAUUAAAAUCCUAGGUGGUAAAUUACUAUACUUUCAGUGAAAAAGUCGCUCAGAUGCAUAACUGGAGUCUAGGACAUGUAUGAGCAUAGGAACUUGCACGAAUAUAUUCCAUAGUCUAUUUUCGCUAAAAUUUACUGAUAUUUCACUUAAUAUAAUUACGCAAACACAAUUUCUGAACAAGAAAAGGACAUUUCAUUGGAGGAUGUUGGUGAGCGAACAAAAUGCGCCACGAAAAAGGCGUCCAAAAGUUCUCUUAUCAGUUUCCGUUAUCAGAUUUCAUCAGAUCGGUCACGUACUGUAUGCUGCCGGUUCAUAUGAUGACUCUUUAACCGCCGUCUGAGUCCUAAUGGGUAUGUGAAGGGUUACACACGAUGUCGACGGAUAGUGCAUAUUUUUGGCUUAUACGUGAAACAACACGUUCCCGACCCCACUCCCUGCUCUAGUCUCGCUUUGCACGCUGGGCACCUGUUUAUAAACCCCAAUUGCGCCAUUAAACGUUAGAAGCUUGUUUGGGCAUUGACAGAUCGAUCGUAGUUGCCAACGAUGUCAACCUUGUGCUUCGCAGCAGGGAGGGGGCCUUGCGCGCGAAUUCACCGAUAGCGUUAAUUGACUUGCACAGCACCUACCACACUCCCCCCUCCCCCUACCUGGACCCGCUGUCAUGACAGGGUAAGAAGACCGGAGGCGAGAAAGGGCGCAGGUGGCUGGCACGGCGAAAACCCGCCCCUAGGUGUGUCAUCACACCCCCUGCUCCUCAAAGUAUACUGUCCGAGAUGUUACAAAACAAGAAGAGGAACGGCCGGGAUCGUAGCUGGUGUGGCGUAGGCCUGCACGUUGGCGUGCCGCCAUACUCCUAACGUUGGCAUUCGAUAUAAGUGCGCAUUGCCAAUAGAAGCAAAGAGACGAGUCCCAGGAAGCAGUUUUAAAGAAGGAGACACGAUCGCUGGGACAAGAGCUUUAUUAGCCUGACGUUUUGGAUUCCUGCUCGAACUCAUCAUCAGAGACCAAAGCAGAUACGGGUUAUUCAUGCACCAGGGACUGCAGUAUUUAUAGGAUGCAGUCGCCAUGCUACCGCAUUCCUAUUCACGGCUCCCACCUUUCAUCCUGGAUCGUUGCACGUAGUGCGUUAGUUGCUUGAUGGCCGACUUUCGCUUCGUUAAUUGCUGCAAUCUCAUCACGUGCGUUGGGUGUUGGUGUGAUGAUUGCUCGACCAUUUGACGCAUCGAUCCUGGUGUUGGAAAGAGUGUUCACCUGUGCGCUCCCCGCGUGGCUAAUUACUCUGCCUACGCGAAGUCUCGGCACUGAGUAUGGAAGGGGAAGGUCAUUGCACUUGUUAAUGGACUGGGGACUUGUAAAGCAUGAAUCAAGCAGCUGCCGGCUCACGCGGUCGUCACCUCUAACGAGAAUUUCGGCCUCGUCGAAUUUGAAUGCGUGGCCGGAUCUCGUCGAGUGAGCCGCAACUUGAGAGCUGACGUUAUUUCUAAGCACCGCUGCAGCGCGUUCGGGCAUUCGCGUUGGGAGCUUUCUUCCGGUUUCUCCGACGUAGUUGCUUUGUCCGCAACUGCACCAGGUAAGUUUGCAUCCUACCCAUAAGGAGCUUGGCUGGGACGCUACUUUUAUUGCAUUUGAGUAAACAGUCAUAUUUAUCUAUUACCAGUGCCUUCUUUGCAUAUAACAUCAGGAAAUAUGUAUGAACUUGUGCGAAAGCCCCAACCUCCCCAAAACCCUGUUUUAAAGACAACAAUAAGUCGAUAAGGACUCAGCAUACCUCUGGUUCUGUUAAAAUCGGUGUAUGCGUUGUCGUAUCAAGUUUGUCCCUGUAGUUCUCGUGUCUGAAGGCAAGCAUCUGCUGUCUGACCCUGCCACCUCUCAGCUGACAUUUGCCUUCGUUAGAUAUAAUUAUUUGUCCCUGGGACGCUAGAUAUUUUGUGGUUAAAUAUUUCCAACAAUGCUAAUGGGUAUUAUUUCGCAUAAUUCACGGAUUUUUUUAGCAUGUAUGGUCUCCAGAGUCAUGAGAAAUUAAAUCUCAACCCCUUCCAUUCAUGAUUGCUGUUAUGAGCGAUGCAACGUUAAAAAGUAGUCGCUUUUUGGUUUAUGUCCGUGGGUUGGUAAUUUCUCUUCCUAAUGUGAUCUGAAAUGUGUUCCACAACCAGUAGCAAUAAUCGUUCACCUGAAGUUUUUUUUUUACUUUGAUGGCCUACCUCAGGGAACAAUGACAACGCCACCUCUUCCUAAUAAGAUGUUAAUAAGCCUAUCUGUCAUUGGGGUGAGUUAUUUCCAUUUGGUUGGGCUGCGAACCUCUUAAAAUAUGAUUCGAGUCUGGGAAUUUGUUAAACCAGAGGACCUGUUUCGCUAUGGCACCAUAGAUCUCCUCUUAAGUUCAGUAACUGCAGUAAAACACUGUCUCCGGCCCCACCCCGUUGUCAUAUCGGACCAUGACUGUUAACACUGGACGAGCCGCCCCAGAAUUUCACAAAUUCCCCUUCCUCCGCAGAACUGCUAUGUGUGGGUGUGAUGCCGCCACUGCAACUUGUACUUCUCUGAUCUUGAAGGCUGGCGAUUUUGUAGACUGAGUAGUCUUUAAAAUCUAAUACGGCCUCUCCACACGCCAAAUAACCGAAAAACUUUGCAUGCUAGGAUUGGUCAACGCCUACUUCUCUUCCCUCGUCCUCGUCAAGAAACGUUGCUGGAGUUGGAGGGCGUUGUUUUCUCAUUCACUCGCCACAUUACAUAAAGAACAGAAGUAGUGAAUCUGGCUAAACGCCAAACAUCUCAUGACCUUCCGUGUGGACCCCGUGAAUCGCCAUGUUCAAUGCUAGUGACAAAAUUUCAGCACGUAGGUCUCGAUUCCUCCUCUCUACUGGGACUCCGAUGAGCCCGCGAAUGUCUGCCUUCUCCAGCUUAAAUGCAGAUAUUUUAUUGUAAGGCCCAGCCGAACAUAGCAUCCGGUCCAUGCGGAUGACAGUCCUCUGUCUCUGCAAAUGGCUGCACUAUCUUCACCUUUGUCUACUACUAGUAGUCUGUGAUAGUUUGAAGUGGGGAUUAAGUUGAGAGGGAGGGAUUUGAACCGUCACAGGCCUGCACGGAAAUGGUGUGGAUUUUAGAGGAAAUUCAGUCAAUUGCAUUUCAGUGAGCAGGAGCUUCCAACUACCUGACAGUCGCAUAUUUUUACUCUCUAGGCGUUGUACUGGCACGAGACUCAGCUUUUCUGAACUCUCUCUACACAUCUCAUCGAUUGGGCCUUGGAGGACCCAUUGGCUCCGGACAACAGUGGCUCUCCUGGAUCCACCUCGCCGAUCUGGUGGACUUAUUCUACUUCCUCAUCACCCAGCCCACUGUCGCGGGCUCGGGCGUCUUCAACGGAACAGCACCGAACCCCGUACGACAGGCCGCCUUUUCGCGUGCCCUCAGCCAGAGUCUGAGUGCUCCCCUUGCCGGUCGUGUGCGUACACCUGCCCUGGCAAUGCGACUGCUUCUGGGUGGGACACGGGCAAGUAUGGCGUUGGAGGGCCAACGAGUCUUGCCUGCACGGGCCCUUUCGCAGGGCUUCCGAUUCCGCUUCCCUACGUUGGAAUCAGCCCUGGAGGAUAUCUACGGUCGGCGACCGUCUCCCGUCCCAACCAAUUAG